UAUUAUUUUUUUGUUUUCCAGGCAGUUCAUUUAUCUCCAAUUCUACUGGCACUAAUUCCUCAGACCUGUAUGGGGUGGGGCUUAAGCCUGUACUUCCUGGUGAAUCCACACCUAUUGCCCAGGCCCAAGUUCACUCUCGAAAACCACGAGCUGGAGAAGAGUCAGGCAGCAGUGGGGAAACCUCAACCAGUACUGUUGAUUCAUCCGAAAUGGAACGCCUCAUUGAUCUGACGAUAGAUGGCACAGCUGCCCGGCUGCCCACGCUGGCUGAACCCCGGACACGUGGCCUGUCCCAGCUGGAUUUUAGCGAGGAGAGAAUCAAGGACAGCGCCCCGCACUGGAAGAGUGAGAGACUACAAGCAGAUGGGACGUUGUUAGAUCCUGCCACGAGUCCUCCUCCUGAGUCCACCUCUUCCCAACCAGAAGAAGUUAUCACAGUGAAUUUUCACUAUCCUUCUCACCAACAGCAUGUUCUUGAUCCUCCUGGUUGGGUUCAGGAACUCCAGGGUGGAGAUCCAACUUCCUGGACCCUUUCUGAUUUUUAUGAUUAUCUUUCACCUGACUAUUCACCCACAGAAGUUUACAUAGAGGAAAGCCAACCAACGCCACCUGACAUGGAAGAUGAAAACAUUCCUCUCAUAGCCAGCGCAGUUCCCUCCAACACUAGAGUUAUUACCUCUGAUGAUGGAUCUGGAGAAGCUUCACCUGGAGCAUCAGAUGUGCUCAACUCUGGUUGUCUCUAUGGAUUUGUGCGUUAUAAUGGCACAUGUAUCUCGUCAUGUGACAUCUACCCCAGUUACUGCUUCAAUGGAGGACAGUGCUAUGUGGUUGACGGUAUUGGAGCUUUUUGCCGAUGUAACAUUCAGGAGUAUAUUUGGAACAAAGGCUCCAGGUGCGAGUCGGUCAUUUCAGAUUUCCAAGUGAUGUGUAUAGCAGUGGGCGGAGUUGCCAUCAUGUUGCUCCUUCUCUUCAUGAUUGUAGUCUUUUUCUCCAAGAGAAUGCAUGUGCUUAAGACUGAAAACAGACGACUUUCCAAGCACAGUAAGUCCCGCCCAAAGUCUGAGCAGCACACCGAUAACUUCUCGCUGUCCACCGUUGCAGAGGGCUCUCAGGCAAAUGUAAGGAAACUGUGUGACACCCCGACUAACCUCCCCCAUCCCCGUGCUUUGGCUUACUAUGAUAACAUUAUGUGUCAGAAAACCAUGAGCAGAUACACGUGGGAAUAUAAACCUAAAGAAGAUCCCUGCAGCGAGGAUUGCACUUGCAAAGAAGAUCCAUGCAAAUGUCACCCUAAAGAGGACGAGUCUUUGAACAACCAGAACUCGCUCACCCCAAAACUGGAAAAUGAUAAGGCUGCCACAGAAGAUAAUGCGGAGGAGGGUGGUGUGACCAUCGACUUAGAGUUGCUUCUUCCCAAAGAGGCAAAAAUGCUCCCCGAGACAAGCCCCCCACUGCACUACAACGUCUUUCUCUACAAGCUCCCCAAAUCGCCUAAAAAGUCCCCUGUGCUGCGCCGGCCUCCUGGCAGAUCUGUACAGGGGAGGCCUCUGUCCCAGCUCUGCCCCAGACGCAGCUCUGAACCCAGCUACAGCCCCAUUAGCACACGUUCCCUUCCGGGAGUGCUUUCCGGCUCAUCCAGCCCUCAUCUGGGAACGGCCUACACACCUUAACACCAGUGCAAGCUUCAACACUGACUGAUGUACAACUAAACAAGUUUACACAUGCGACUUGACAAAUUUAAGAGAAACUGAUUGGUAAAGAGUGAGAGUCUUGUGGAUGAACAAGACAUAAAUUGGGAGGCAGGUUAAAGGCUUUUGCCUCGACAGAAACAAAAACACACAGCAGCACAGUAAAGGUUAGUAGAUGAUAAAUGGUGAGAUGAAGUAGAUUUGUUGUGCAGGUGGAAUAUAAAGGGAAAACAAGUCAACAAACUGUUCAUUUGAUAUUACAGACAAACAUUGAUGUCAGAUGUGUUAUGGUGCCAAGUUUUAU